CAAGAAUAAGAAGGAGCCGCGAGGGGGAGCCAAACCCCUGCACCAGUGGUCCAGGCCCUUGGUGCCCAAGGCGGAUGGAAGGAAGGAUGCUUCUUUCUCUUCACAAAUACCUCAUGGACGUUGUCUUCGGGAAAGCCGGAGGGGGGGCGGCUGGGGCAGGGCCUGUCCCUCAGCCAGGGUGGAUGGAAGCGGGUGGGCGGGGCUGAGAGAGGGUGUCAGGGACAGGGGUGAAGAGCCUCAAACUCCCCGCCCCCCGCAAUCAACUGAAAAAGCUUUAAAAAAAAAAAAAAAAAAAAAGACAGGAAAAAAAAGAAGAAAGCAAAAAGAAUGGACAGAGGAAAACUAACAAUUUUUGGGUGGUUUGAUUCCUCCUUUGAUUUCUUUUUCUGUUCUCUUCUAUCUCCUCCCCUCUCCUCUUCCACCUGUCCUUCCUCCGGGCUCCUGGGGAGCCACCGUUUUGGAUUAGUUGGGGGCCACUGCCGGCGGCGGGGGAGGGGGCCCUGUGAACUGCCCUCUCCCCCUGCCCCAGCCACACCAUCACCCAGAGCCGGAGCAUCUCCCGGUUGUCGGUUGUCGUUCCUCGGGCCUCGAGGGAGCCCAGCCCUCCGUCCCACCAGGAUCCGUGGCGAGUGGGGGCCGCGGCAGGUGCGUCCCCAUGAGGAGGGGAGGAAGAUGCCGGCUGAGCUGCUGCUGCUGCUGAUUGUUGCCUUUGCCAGCCCCAGCUGCCAGGUGCUCUCAUCACUGCGCAUGGCUGCAAUCCUGGACGACCAGACAGUGUGUGGCCGUGGUGAGCGACUGGCCCUGGCCCUGGCCCGGGAGCAGAUCAACGGGAUCAUCGAGGUCCCAGCCAAGGCCCGAGUGGAAGUGGACAUCUUUGAGCUGCAGCGGGACAGCCAGUACGAGACCACGGACACCAUGUGUCAGAUCCUGCCCAAGGGGGUCGUGUCGGUCCUGGGGCCCUCCUCCAGCCCAGCAUCUGCCUCUACCGUGAGCCAUAUCUGUGGGGAGAAGGAGAUCCCCCACAUCAAGGUGGGUCCCGAGGAGACACCCCGUCUUCAGUACCUUCGCUUUGCGUCUGUCAGCCUGUACCCAAGUAAUGAGGACGUCAGCCUGGCAGUCUCCCGAAUCCUCAAGUCCUUCAACUACCCCUCAGCCAGCCUCAUCUGUGCCAAGGCUGAGUGCCUGUUGCGAUUGGAGGAACUGGUACGUGGCUUCCUCAUCUCCAAGGAGACGCUGUCAGUGAGGAUGCUAGAUGACAGCCGUGACCCUACACCGUUGCUCAAGGAGAUCCGAGAUGACAAAGUAUCCACCAUCAUCAUCGAUGCCAAUGCGUCCAUCUCCCACCUCGUCCUCCGUAAGGCCUCAGAGCUGGGAAUGACCUCAGCGUUUUACAAGUACAUCCUUACCACCAUGGAUUUCCCCAUCCUGCACCUGGAUGGUAUUGUGGAGGACUCUUCCAAUAUCCUGGGCUUCUCCAUGUUCAACACCUCCCACCCCUUCUACCCCGAGUUUGUGCGCAGCCUCAACAUGUCCUGGAGGGAGAACUGUGAAGCCAGCACCUACCCAGGCCCCGCGCUGUCUGCUGCCCUGAUGUUUGAUGCCGUGCAUGUGGUAGUGAGCGCCGUCCGAGAGCUGAACCGCAGCCAGGAGAUUGGUGUCAAGCCCCUAGCCUGUACCUCGGCCAACAUUUGGCCCCACGGGACCAGCCUCAUGAACUACCUGCGCAUGGUAGAGUAUGACGGGCUGACCGGACGGGUGGAGUUCAACAGCAAAGGGCAGAGGACCAACUAUACCCUGCGCAUCCUAGAAAAGUCUCGGCAAGGCCAUCGUGAGAUAGGGGUGUGGUACUCUAACCGGACCCUGGCCAUGAAUGCCACCACCCUGGACAUCAACCUGUCACAAACAUUGGCCAACAAAACGCUGGUGGUUACGACCAUUCUGGAGAACCCAUAUGUCAUGCGCCGGCCCAACUUCCAGGCCCUGUCGGGCAAUGAGCGCUUUGAGGGCUUCUGCGUGGACAUGCUGCGGGAGCUGGCUGAGCUGCUGCGCUUCCGCUACCGCCUGCGCUUGGUGGAGGAUGGGCUGUAUGGCGCUCCUGAGCCCAACGGCUCCUGGACUGGCAUGGUUGGCGAGCUCAUCAACCGGAAGGCAGACCUGGCUGUAGCUGCGUUCACCAUCACAGCCGAGCGCGAGAAGGUUAUCGACUUCUCCAAACCCUUCAUGACCCUGGGGAUCAGCAUCCUGUACCGAGUGCACAUGGGCCGCAAGCCUGGCUACUUCUCCUUCCUGGAUCCCUUCUCCCCUGCUGUGUGGCUCUUCAUGCUUCUUGCCUACCUGGCUGUCAGCUGUGUCCUGUUCCUGGCUGCCAGGCUGAGUCCCUACGAGUGGUAUAACCCCCACCCGUGCCUGAGGGCGCGUCCUCACAUCCUGGAGAACCAGUACACACUGGGCAACAGCCUCUGGUUCCCUGUGGGGGGCUUCAUGCAGCAGGGCUCGGAGAUCAUGCCCCGGGCACUGUCCACGCGCUGUGUCAGCGGAGUCUGGUGGGCCUUCACCUUGAUCAUCAUCUCCUCCUACACUGCCAACCUGGCCGCCUUCCUCACCGUGCAGCGCAUGGAGGUGCCUGUGGAGUCGGCUGAUGAUCUGGCAGAUCAGACCAAUAUUGAGUACGGCACCAUCCAUGCUGGCUCCACCAUGACCUUCUUCCAGAAUUCAAGGUACCAGACGUACCAGCGUAUGUGGAAUUACAUGCAGUCCAAGCAGCCCAGCGUGUUCGUCAAGAGCACAGAGGAGGGUAUUGCCCGCGUCCUCAACUCCCGCUAUGCUUUCCUGCUUGAGUCCACCAUGAACGAGUAUCACCGGCGCCUCAACUGCAACCUCACCCAGAUUGGGGGCCUCCUGGACACCAAGGGCUACGGCAUCGGCAUGCCGCUGGGCUCCCCGUUCCGGGAUGAGAUCACACUGGCCAUCCUGCAGCUCCAGGAGAACAACCGGCUGGAGAUCCUGAAGCGCAAGUGGUGGGAGGGGGGCCGGUGCCCCAAGGAGGAGGACCAUCGAGCUAAAGGUUUAGGCAUGGAGAAUAUCGGCGGCAUUUUUGUCGUGCUCAUAUGUGGCCUCAUCAUCGCUGUCUUCGUGGCGGUCAUGGAAUUCAUCUGGUCCACGCGGAGGUCAGCGGAGUCUGAGGAGACCAGCCCUGAUUCAGUUAAUUCAGUGAGAGAUCACAUGAGACACACUGAGACCACAGAGGCAGAAGGUUGGAACUCAGAGGCGGUCCACCAUGAUUGCCAAGUGUGUAUGUCUCCUGAGCCAGAGGUUUGUCACCUGAGCUCCAUACCUGACAUCGCACACAGAUGUCUAAUGUGUGCAUGGUGUUAUGUGUCCCGCACUGAGCUCCUGCCCACCCACAAGCGACACCAGCCAUCCAUUUGCUCUGGCUGCAGCACGUGGAGCGAGCCUUUACUCCUUCCUCUUUCACACCCUCUUGGCAAAUCCUACUGGUUCCACCUUUCCAGAAAACCCGGAAGAAGGCGCACAUCUGCUCGCCUCACUCUGGUCCAGCCACCAGCCCACCCUCAUGGCCCACUGUAGCAGUCUCCCCUGUGGGCCCAACAGCCAGCUCUCACACUGUCUCACAAUCCCACGGAGACCCAGCCGCCCUCUACUUCUGUCUUCAGUAGCUCCCGACUGUUUCCCAAGUAAAGCCAGCAGCCUCACGUGGGUCUACAGGCCUUGCCCGAGCUGCGUCCUGUCCUCUGCUCACUUCCUUCACCUCUCCUCAUGCAGGCCCCAUUCCAACCUCUGGCCUGUGCUGAUUCCUUGGACCUGCCAAGCUGCUCCCACCUCAGCGCCUCUGCCCUGCUCUGUCUGCCCACAAUGCCUCCUCCCAGGGCCCCCCACACGCUUGCCACGUCUUUAUGUAGAGGUUUUCCUUUCAGCAAGACCUCCUUAUCUGUCCUGUCUCAAAAUGCAGCAUCACCCCAUACCGCACCACCUGCCUCUCUUCCCUCGUAUAUUCUCCAAAGCACUUAGCAUCUGAACACUGCAUACAUUUAUGUAUUUGUUACUUCCGUCUCUGCACACUGGACCGUAACCUCCACAACCUUCAUGAGGGCUGAGGUUUCUGUUUUGUUCUUUGCUGGGUUCCCGGUGCCCAGGACAGCAUCCGGCACACAGUAGGCACUUGGUAAUCUGCCUUGCAAUGACCACUUUCUCAUCAGAAAAUUCGUAUGUGAAGACGGGGGGGGGG